ACUAUCUACAAACCUCAGAGACCAUUGAAAUUGUUCUAAUCUUCUGAAACCCUGCGAUGGAAAACACACAUGAGGAGACCAGACGCUGCAGGCAGACGCUCUGUGAUGCUCUCAGUUAGAGGUCUUCAUCCUCCAGCAGGACAGGAUGACUGAGGGCAUGGACGACUUCUCUGCAGGGCCGCCCCCCCCCUCCUGGAUCGGCCUCCCCCAUCAGCUCUCCUGUCGAUACCGGACAAGUCCCUGAGGAGAAACCGGAGGAGAAACAGGAAGAGACAGAAGAGACGGAGGAAGAGGAGGCAGCUGGUCAGAGUAGGGAGGAGGCUGCAGAGGGAGGUGCUGAUGAUGGCGAGCACAUGGGGGCUGUGGGCAUCAUGGCGUUAUCAGCGAGCUGCUGUGUGUGCGUAGAGAUGGGGCAGAUCAGAAACUGUGUGCACUCUGAGAAAAUCUGCAUCUUGCCCAUCCUGGCCUGCCUGCUCAGCCUGGCUCUCUGCACCGCUGGACUCAAGUGGGUCUUCGUGGACAAGAUCUUCGAGUAUGAACCCCCCACACACUUAGACCCUAAACGUAUCGGACAGGACCCCAUCAUCAUAUCAGCGGACCCCGCGCUGGGACUAACGGUGUCCUACCCUCACUCAUCCCCCUCCCCCACCUCCUUGACCACCACCUUCCUCACUUCCACCAUCACACCGGGGCGUCCCGAGAUUUUCCAGGAAGAGAAAUCCGCACCAGGGCCGAGCGGUCCGCCUGAUUCCUCUGUGACCCUCAAGUACAAUGCUGAACGUCCAACCACCACAAAGCAGACCCCCCACCCUCAUUCAACACAAGUGAUAAACGACAUCGUCAUCUCUACAGUCUCUGCCACCAGCAUCACCACCAAAGCCAAGACCUCCAGUCACGUGACACCCUGCAGCAACAGCCAGAGGAAUUACUGCGUUAAUGGAGGAGAGUGCUUCACCCUUAAAAUCACGCCCGGCAGCACAAAGUUUCUCUGCAGGUGUCCAAAUGAAUUUACUGGUGAUCGCUGCCAAAACUAUGUAAUGGCCAGCUUUUACAAAGCUGAGGAGCUGUAUCAGAAACGUAUUUUAACAAUAUCAGGGAUCUGCAUUGCACUCCUAGUCGUUGGAAUCAUGUGUGUGGUUGCCUACUGCAAAACAAAGAAGCAGAGGAAGAAACUCCAGGACCGUUUGAGGCAGAGUCUGAGGAAGCAGAAGAAGAAGAAGAAGAAGAAGAGCUCUGAUCUCAAACUGGCAAGCUCCGCCAGAGGACAUGACAAUGCUAACAUGCCUCUUCAGGAUCUGCAGCCUGUUAAUUGUAACGGGACGACCUUGCAGCACGCAGCCGAGAAGGACACAGAGACAACAUUCUCCACAAGCAAAUAUGCCUUAUCUGCUCAUGAACACACCACCUUCACAAACAUCUCCAGCCAAAGGUUUGUAUCCGCCCUGACGUCCCCUACUGGGCUGUCCCGGGGGUCCCGCAUCUCUCCUACCACUCCAGGGUCGCCUCCAUCAGAGAUGUCCGCCCCCCUGUCCAGCCUGGCCAUCUCUGUGCCCUCAGUGGCUCUAAGCCCCUCUGGAGAGGAGGAGCGCCCCCUGCUGUUGAUGAACAGAUGUCGAGCACAGGAUGAACAGAAGAGGACCUCUGCUCACUACAACCAUGGCCACAUGGCCCACAGUUUACCACCAAGCCCACUGCUACCUGAGGAGAAAGGUGACUUCCAGGUCAUAUGUGACGACACAGCUGCCAGCCAGGUGUUCUCACCUGAUAAUCUACCUGAGACAAAUAGCAGCAUGAAGAGAGUCCCACACAGCAUGGAGUCCAGCUGUGAUAGCAUGCUAACGGAUGAGCGUCAGGGGGAUCAAACGCCCUUCAUCGUCACAGGAAGCUCAUUAGCUCAGAUGCUCGGGGCUUCAGACAGCUGCAGGACUAACCCAGCAGCUCCACUCGGAGACCUGCAACACGAGUCAUCGAGUCCCACCAACAAACCAGAUCCAGAGUCUGCGUAAAGUCGAGCAAAUACUUGAGAAGAAAAAACUGUCACUAUUAAACCUUUAUUUUCUAUAACUUAUUUGCUGUAAAUGAAAAAUGAAACUUUUAUUUUAGUGAUGUAGUAAAUACAGAGUUUUAUAAAACGUUAAAGUGUGUUCAUGUCUUGUAGGUUAAGUGCCAUACGCUGGUAUGUAGCAAAGGUUCAGAGUAUAUUUCAGUGCAGAGAUAAUAUCAAUGGUGCCUUUCUGUUUGAAUGCUUAACUGCAGCAUUGCAUUCUGGGCCGUAUAUUCGUCAUCUUAUUCACCGUCAACAGUUUCCCGCUGGCUGCAGUCUAAGUGCUCACUGGCACCACAGACGGAUCCUAAAUGUCUGCCUUCGAGGAGCAUGCUGCGUCCAUAAUGUUGUCACAGAAAAAAAGAUCAGUGUUUCCUGUGCUGGUCAAAUAUCUGAUGUCUGCUGUACUGAGUUUAGGCUUUUAUGUGAAAUGCAGCACCGAACUUUGACACCUGGACGAAAGUUCAGUCAUGAAUCAGCUCAUUACCUGAGAGAAGAUGUUUAUGAUCAUCUUUCAUUUUGUUCUGAAAUAAUAAUCAAACAUUUAGAUGGAGGUACAAUCAGUAGAGCUUUACUAAUUAUUACUAACCACUAAUAAUAAGCUGAGACAUCCCAGAACACCUUACACAGGUGAGGUUACCUUUUACUACACUUUUCAAUUUGUGCGUUGAUUCUGUGUUGGGAACGGAUCUGAGUAUUUCAGGUUUAAAAAACUGCAGUGUAUGCAUAAAAAACAAAGAAUGUAAAGCAGAGGCCUCAACAUCCUGAACUUUAGUACACACCAUGCUGGAUUCACGUUUUCAUCGAUGCUUUCAAAUGCCUUUAAAAGAAAAGUUUGGUAAUUUGCUGGCAGGUUUUUUAACGUGACUCAGUGAUAAUGAACAUUGGCAUGAAGACCAGCAGCUUAUUCUUCCAAAGAGAACGAGUGUCCUCCAUCAUGUGAUGCUACUGAUUGCAUCUUUAAAUGUGCACUAAAUGGAAGAAUGAACAUUUGUCUCAUUUUGUCUGUCCUAAAGACACCAUGUGUUUCUGAUCAAUGCAUCAUGGCGAUUAAAGAAACUGUUGAAUAUAGAAAUAAUGUUAAUCUGCUUGUUUUUAUAAGUUUGUCAUUUAUUUUGAUUUGUGAUAUAAUUUUUUACAACAUGCUCAAUCUGUGUUUGCACUUUUUAUUUCAAACUUCCCGGCUCAUGUUUGAUGUGCCGUCUGUUUGUGUGAGGUUAAUAAUAACAUGGUCUCACUGUCACUGAAUUAAACUGAGUCUGUACUCAAACAUAGUCUCGUCAGACAUCUGUAUGUAGAAAGGGAUUUCACAGCAGCCAAACUUCUGUUAUAUAUUUUAAUAUUUAAUGUAAUGUAAUAUUUAUUUGGUGGUUAUUGCUCAUUAAAACAUUAAGGAAAAGUUUU